AUGGCCAAACAGCUGAUUGUGGAUAACAUAGACUUUGGUGCGGUGCCUGUUGGCACCAUCAAAAUCGACUGUCUGGGCGCCAAUAUCGCCAAUGACCAUCUACUCCGAGGCCAAAUUCCGCUGCCUUCGUCAUCUUCGUCGGCAUCACCACUCACGUCCGAUAUGUCGCUGGAGUCUGAAGGUGAAGAUUCCGCCAUUUCGAUUCCAGCUUCAAAAAACGUGUCGACAGACUCUACUGUCGCACACAACAUCAACUUACCUAAGCACAAUCUGGAAAUCGUCCAUAUUUCCGUGGACAUUGGGGGAACAUUGACCAAAUUAGUGUACUUCACUGCUGCAAGACACGCGGGCACGAAGAAUGGCGGUAAACUACACUUUCGGGACUUCCAGACUGGGAACUUCGAGUCGGAGGUACUUCCCUUCAUGAUUAAGCUCAUUCGUAAAAGCAUUAUCACCAAGGAUUACCCACCCAUCACCUACAUAAUGGCUACUGGUGGAGGUGCUCACAAAUUCUACAAACUCAUGACGCUGACCUUCAAGAAACACAAGUUACCCAUGCAAAUUGUGAAGAAAGAUGAGAUGGAGUGUCUCAUCAAGGGCCUCGACUGGCUCAUUACUAAAAUCCCCAAUGAAAUAUUCACUUACGAUUUGAAGCGUGACAACAUUCGUUUUAUCACUAGCCCUUAUACGGAAAAGGAUCAGAUCUAUCCGUACUUAUUGGUCAACAUCGGAUCAGGUGUAUCCAUGAUCAAAGUGGUGGGUCCAGGCCCCAAUGGCUUUGAGCGGAUUGGAGGUUCGUCUUUGGGUGGAGGCACUUUGUGGGGACUUCUCCUGCUUCUCACUGAUGCUAAAGACUACAACGAGAUGCUCGAGAUGGCUCAACGCGGAAACAACGAAAACAUCGACUUACUCGUGGGUGACAUCUACGGGUCCAGCUACAAUAAAAUCGGUUUGAAGUCCAACCACAUUGCGUCUUCGUUUGCUAAAGUGUUUAAGAAGUUGCGCUUCAAUCAGCUGAACAAGAAACUUACCACACUGGAGAAGUUGGCUCUUUUCAAGCCAGAGGACAUUGCGCGUUCUCUCUUGUACCUGAUAUCCAACAACAUCGGUCAGAUUGCAUAUUUGCAAGCUCGCCGAUUUGGCUUGAAGAGAAUUUACUUCGGAGGUAGUUACAUAUCCGGUCACGUCCAAACCAUCCACACAUUAAGCUACGCACUGGACUUCUGGUCCAAUGGAGAGAUGCAAUCGUACUUUUUGCGGCACGAGGGCUACUUGGGCAGUGUGGGAGCGUUCGUGAUGGGGCCCAAUGGGGAUAUAAAUGGAGGAGCCAAUGGAGUAGCCAAUGGAGGAGCCACUGGUGGAACCAAUGGUCCAGCCAAUGGGGAUGCUCACGAAUAA